AUGGCGAGACAACGUUCUGAAGCUGUAGCCGAGGCUAUGUCCAAGGCGCAUAAUAUUCGUAAUAUGUGCGUCAUCGCACAUGUCGAUCAUGGCAAAUCAACAUUGACCGAUGCGUUGGUGUACAAAGCCGGUAUUAUUACCGAACAACAAGCUGGUCAACGUCGAUUUACUGAUUCGCUGGAAGCGGAACAAGAAAAAGGUAUAACAAUCAAAU